UGAAGGGGGCCGGGCGGCGGAGGCUGCCGCGGCGGUGAGAGAGCGGCCAAGCCCUUGCGACCUGGGGCGGAGCUCCGCUAUCCUAGUGCCCAGCUCCCGGAGCGAGGCGGGCGGGCGGCUCGGGACCAUGGCCAGAGCCGGCAUGGAGCGGUGGCGUGAUCGGCUGGCUCUCGUGACUGGAGCCUCGGGGGGCAUCGGCGCGGCCGUGGCUCGGGCCCUGGUCCAGCAGGGACUGAAGGUGGUGGGUUGUGCCCGCACCGUGGACAACAUCGAGGAGCUGGCUGCUGAAUGUAAGAGUGCAGGCUACCCCGGGACUUUGAUCCCCUACAGAUGUGACCUGUCAAAUGAAGAGGACAUCCUCUCCAUGUUCUCGGCUGUCCGCUCUCAGCACAACGGUGUGGACAUCUGCAUCAACAACGCUGGUUUGGCUCGGCCUGACCCCCUGCUCUCAGGCAGCACCAGCGGUUGGAAGGACAUGUUCAAUGUGAACGUGCUGGCCCUCAGCAUCUGCACUCGGGAAGCCUACCAGUCCAUGCAGGAGCGGAAGGUGGACGAUGGGCACAUCAUUAACAUCAACAGCAUGUCUGGCCACCGAGUGGUACCCCAGUCUGUGACCCAUUUCUAUAGUGCCACCAAGUAUGCCGUCACUGCACUGACAGAGGGACUGAGGCAAGAGCUUCGGGAGGCCCAGACCCACAUCCGCGCCACGUGCAUCUCUCCAGGAUUCGUGGAGACACAAUUCGCCUUCAGACUCCAUGACAAGGACCCUGAGAAGGCAGCUGCCACCUAUGAACACAUAAAGUGUCUCAAACCCGAAGAUGUGGCCGAGGCUGUCCUCUAUGUCCUCAGCGCCCCCCCACAUGUCCAGAUCGGAGACAUCCAGAUGAGGCCCACAGAGCAGGUGGCCUAGUUUCCUGUGGGGAUUCCUCCUUCCCUCCCGACCCUCGCCCUUGGUGCCGGCCUCUGGAUUAUAGGUGUUCAUUCCUGGAUUCCUGGAUUCAACUUCCUCUCUCCAUUCCGACCAGGGAUUUGAAAAUUUGUUUGAGGUCUCUUUAUCUUGUCAAAUUGUUCCUACCACAAAUAUGAAAAGUGGGCUGGGGAGAGGAGGCAGUGUCCCUAACUGUUUCACCUGUUAACUGAUUCUUGGUCCUCUUCCUGGGCUCCUUGGCCUUUGUCUGCUGCCCAUGGUCUUUUACCUUUGACCUGGGGAAGGGACUUGGGCCAUAAAGGUGGCUUCCCCCUCUCUUCUUGCACUCCACCCUCUGUGUUUCAGGGAUGAGGUGGCAGAGAGAACCCCUCACCUUUUAUCUGAGUGGUUAUGAGGGCUCCAGCUUCCUUCCCUCCCCACCCCACUGCCCCCUCUAUUCCUUCCCUUACCUGUCCCAGUUCUCCAGCCCAACUGUGGCUUCUUGGCCCCUGAGGGUGAGGGUGUCAUCACUUUACUCUGCUGCAGCACAAUACCAGGACCCACUUCCCAAGUGGAUUUCAGUGUGAUAAUUAAAAAAGAAAAACUGCAACAACCGA